CAAUUUGCAAUAAUUCUGUUUCUGACGAGUGACGACAUGGCCGCUGAGUGAUUUGUGGAGUAUAAACUAUGUGUUAGAAGCUUUGUAGUUAUAAAAGUUUAAUUUGAUUUAACUCUUACUCUAGGAUAUUUUAUUUUUCAAAUAUGGGUGGCUAUCUCUCGGAACCUAUCAAAGACAAAGAGUCGGCUGAUUUUGAAUCUGAUCGGUUAAUAUGUGGUGCAAGUUCCAUGCAAGGUUGGCGUGAAAACCAAGAGGAUGCCCAUAAUUGUUGUUUGAAUUAUGACGAGAACGUUUCAUUUUUCGCUGUCUAUGAUGGCCACGGUGGUCAAGAAGUUGCUCAGUAUUGCGAGAAAAACCUGCCAGAUUUCAUUAAAAAUACUGAAGCAUACAAGAAAGGAGACUACGAAAAAGCUCUGAUUGAUGGAUUCCUUGGAUUCGACGCAACCAUCAUCACGCCUGAGGUCAUCAAAGUUCUUGAACAGAUGUCUGGUCGCAAGCUCAACGGAUCCGACGUCGAAGAUGAAAGUGAAGAAAAUGUGAAAGAUCUUUUCUUGGAGGCUAAAAUGCCGUUGGAUCAGCUGGUGGCCAAAUACAGGCAGGAAGGAGCUAAGAUUAAAUUCGAUUCGCCGGCCAUCAAAUCACGCAAGGAUGACGGCGCCGGUCCUUCUACGUCGAAAAGUGGUGUCAUGGCGGGCUGUUCCAAGUCGAGCGAGCCAAGCUCGUCGAGUAGCGAGCUGACCAAUGGCGAGGUGUUGGUCAACGGAGACAAGCACGAGGCGGAAUGCAGCAAACAGCAGCCGGAAGCGAGCAGCGCUGUCGGAAGUAGCAGUUCACCGAAAGCGGAAGUCGCGAGUCCUUCGAAGGCUGAAGCUGCAAGUUCUUCAAAAGCGGAAGUGGCAAGUCCUUCGAAGGCUGAAGCUGCAAGUUCUUCAAAAGCGGAACUGACGAGUCCUUCGAAGGCUGAAGCUGCAAGUUCUUCGAAAGCGGAAAUGGCGAGUCCGUCCAAGGCUGAAGCGGCAGGUUCUUCGAAAUCAGAUGCUGGAAGCUGCUCGAAAUCGGAAGUGCCCAAACCGGAAGUGAGCAGUACCAACGGAGAGGUGGACGAUCACGAUGAAUCUGAGAAGCCGAAGACCCGACGCAAUCAGAGUUUGACGCGUAAACUGCUAAUGAGCGCUGAUGACAGUGAUGAUGACGAUGAUGAGGACUCUGAGGACCUCGACUUCGAAAAUGCACAGGCUAGCGAUGACGAUGAUGAUGAUGAAGGAGAUUCAGUAGCAGUCGAGAUGGAUGAUGAAGACGGUGAGGAUGACGAAGAUGAGGAUGAGGAUGAUGAUGAUGAGGAAGAAGACGAGGAUGACGAUGAAUGUGAUGGCAGAUUCUCUGUUCUUCCAGAAGAGCCGGGCAUGGACAGUGGAUGUACGGCGGUGGUAGCCCUGUUGGCGGGCAACAACCUGUAUGUGGCGAACGCGGGUGACUCGCGCUGCAUCGUGUGUCGCAACGGCGAGGCCAUAGAGAUGAGCAUCGACCACAAGCCAGAGGACGCGCCCGAGAUGGAGAGGAUAUUGGCGGCCGGCGGCACUGUCAAGGAGGGCCGUGUCAACAAGGGCCUCAACCUGUCCAGAGCAAUUGGUGACUUCACCUAUAAGAAGAAUUCGGCUCUUCCGCCUACAGAGCAGAUGAUAAUCGCUCUGCCCGAUGUGAAGAAGCUUGAGGUCGACACGGCGCAAGACGAAUUCAUGGUGCUGGCCUGCGAUGGCAUCUGGAACUCGAUGACUAGUCAGGAGGUGGUCGAUUUCGUGAAGCCCAAGUUGCACGAAGGAGUGCCCGUCUCGAAAAUCUGUGAACAGAUGUUCGACCACUGUUUAGCACCGAACACGCUCGGAGACGGAACAGGUUGCGAUAAUAUGACAUGUAUCAUAGUCAAGUUCAAAAGCAAUGAUUCACCACUGGAGGUACCUCCAGUGGUGAAGCGACGCUGUGCUUCGCCCGACGACCAAGAGUGUCAAGAUAGACCCAAGCGACAAAAAACAGACGAGUCUCUAACAGGCUCAGACUGAGUCUACUGUGCCGAGGCAUCUUGCGCUUCAAAUUAACUUCAAUUGAAGCUUGUGUAAAUGUGUCUAAAGUGUUUUCACUCAUAACUAAGAGCUGAGUCAGUGAUUAUUCUACUAUUAUUAUGAUCAUCCUACACUCAUGUACCUUUUUAAUGUAUUUAGCUCGACGAUGAAACGGUCAGAACAGUUAUCUUACUUUUGAAAGGCUGAAUUUUCGCAGCAUAACUGCAGCAAAUGGCAUUAUUUUAGUUUUAAAACGUAACAACUAACUGUACAGUAUUAGCUAUAGUUGUAAAUCAAGGAUUCGUCGAGAAUUUUCUACAAAUGUGAAAAUGGUUCUAAUGUGAUUAAAAUUCAGUUGUGAGGCAUCUGCUAUUGAAUUUCAUGAAUAGUGUCGAUAUCGUUGAACAACAAAUAGAAUAUUUUUUCAUGGAACAAAUACCUUUGACAGAUUUAUUCCACCAACCUCAUGUAAUGGAAUAUUUAAAAUAUGUUAUUUUUAUUUUAGAAAUCUUGAAGCUUCAUAGACGCACUUAGAUGAUUGCUCACUUGGAAUGAACUGUUUCUCUGUUGAUAAGUUAAUGACGCCUCCUUGUCUCUAUCAGAUAUGACAGCUAGAAAAGGGUAUCUAUCAAACAUCGUGACCGCUUUAAUGUUUGUUUGCUAAUAAUUGUCUGGAUUAUACUAACUCAGAAUAUCCCUUGCCAGUAUUUUUUAUGAAGCUGAGACAGAAAUUUGAGAUAAAUUGAGUCCCAAUUUACUCCUCAGUUUUACAGCUGUGCCAAAAGUGUACCCUUCAAUAAUUUGUGUUUUUUUUUAACUGUAAAGUAAAUUGUUUUAAAAGCAGAUUUAUUUGAAAUUAUUAAUUUCUGUGUAAAGUCCGGUCCUCGAAAAAGGUAGAUAGAAUUGCGUUUUUUAGAAAAUGGUUUUAUUUGAAUUCAUUAUUCUGUCCCAAAGAUUGAUAAUUUUCAGCGAUGCCAAAUUAUUUGUCCGUAUAAUCCUUGAGUUAGUUAAUUGUGCUUAUGUAGUUAUUUAAAUCUACCAAUCGAUUAAAUCGCAAAUAGCAUUCUCAUGUGAAAUUCGUUUGUAAAAUUUGAAUGUCUGGUGGUGUUGAUAAUUUUGAAGAUAAUGAUCUUGAUUUGGAGAAUCAUUAUGUUUUGUUUUUCCAAUUAGAUCUAAGUGUUACGAUGAAAUGUGGUAAGAAAGUAUUAGAGUUGAAUGUGUACAACAAUUAACCAACUGAAUUAUGAGAAAGUACCAGAUUAUUCAACUGUCUUUCUACGCAACUGGAAUUUAUAGGGAGAAAUUUCAUAAAUACGAAUUGUGCCUUCAAAAAUUAUAUAUUUUAAUGAUAAUAUUCAAAAUAGUUUAUAAUAACGCUCAUCAUUUCAAUACUUCUACCUUAUUUGAGAAUUGAUUGACUUAUUUGUUUGAUUUUAUGAAAAUUACGAUAAGAGAUACAAAUAACAUGUUUUUGUUGAUCUAGUAUGGUACGAAAUAAUGUGAAUGGUACUAAGUAAUUUCUCAUUUACUGUACUGUUCGAAAUAAAGACCCAUUACUUGAAUUUGGAUGUUUUGAGAAUUUGCUUUUCUUGUAAUUAUAUUUUUUCUUUCAAUAACUUUACAUUCCAGUUGAUAACACUGUAUCUUAUCUAUUUAUAUUCAUCGUAUACUACUUCAUUAUUAUUUGAUAACUGGUUCUACUAGUGAAUUAAUUUAUUGUUUAAUGUGAUCUUUAAUUGACUGAAAAUCAUUACAUGGUAGCUGUUGAAUAAAAAUUAAAUUACUCUUAAAAAAUGUAUUCCUAAAACAUGUAAUUUAUAAUUAAAGUUUGGCUAACAUGUCUUGUCAUGCUAGCGUUUUAAAAUUUUGAAUAAUUAUUAUUAUGAACAUUGAGUAAAAAAGUUUAGAACGAAUGUGAGAUUUUGAUAUCAGAUAUGGAUUGAAGGUUCAUAUGAUUUUUAUUUUGAUAAGUAAAGAAGUGAGUUUCAAAAUUUAGAUUUAAAACGAACAUGAUGUAGAUAUAAAACAUUCUAAUAUUAAUUUAAAACUCUUGUCUUCUGGUGAUGGUUAUUCCUUCCAAUUUUAUUUUUUUUAAAUAGAAAAAAAUAGUUGAAUGUUUCAUACCAAAUACUAUCUAUGUAUGAUUUACAACAACAGUUACCAUUCUUUGGGUCUGUUCUCACUUGUUAUAAGAUCACAUGUAUAAAUCUGUUGGAUCAAUUUGUUCUUUAAUUGCUACCAUGUAAUGAAUUGCGAUUGCAUUAAUAAAAUUGUAUUAAAAUUUGCA